CACAGACCUCAUCAUCUGAAGGAAACAUUACCACUUCAAGUACUACUGCUUUGAAUAAUAGAUCAUUUCGAAUAGAAGAUAUAUUAUUACAAGGAGCUGAAGAAAUGAAUAAGGAGUUAUAUGAAGCUGCUGCAAGAGGUGAUUCUACUGGUGUCCAGUCUGCACUGUCUCAAGGAGCUAAUGUAAACCAUCAGAAUCCUGAAGAGUGUGGAAAUACUUCUCUUCAUGUUGCUGCAAGAGGAGGAUAUCAUGAUGUUUUACAAAUUUUAUUGUCUGCAGGAGCUGAUGUGAACCUCAAAGAUACAAGAGGAGAUACUGCUCUUAUUGAAGCAGCAAGAGGAGGAAACUGUGAUGUAGUAGAAUUACUGCUGAAGAAAGGAGCUGAUCCUUCACAUUCAAGCAUUGAAGGAGAUACUGCUCUUAUUGUAGCAGCAGAGGAAGGACAUUAUGACAUUGUACAGUUGCUAUUAAAUAAUCGAGCUGAUCGAAGCACUGCAAAUAUUUAUGGAGAAACUGCUUUAGUUGCAGCAGCAAGUAGAGAAUAUGCUAAUAUUGUACAGUUAUUAAGUGAAGAAGAUGAUCCAAAUACUUCAGUUCAU